CGGUGCGCAUGCUCAGUAAACUCAACCAAGAUGGCGGCAAUGGGCUGAGAGCAUUCUCCUGUUUCGUUUAGACGUUCGUUUGUAGUAAAAACAGAUGGCUUCGUUGCUUUCCUUGGCCGAUUAUGGUCUGGGAGAUAGCGACAUUGAGGACUCUGACGAGGAAGCGAGCAAAGGAGAGCCUGCAGUUAUCACAACUCUGCCGAAAGUACACGUUAGCCAACCCAGAGUUGUAACAAACAGCUCUCGCCUAGUUUCAUAUGGGGACGAGGAUGAGGAAGAUGGAAAACUCAAUGAAAGCAUGGAAGUAGAGGAGCUGUCCGCUGAGCUUCAGUCACUAGUUCAAGAUGCCAGUCAAGCAAUACCAGAAAACCAGGCAGUUGCACAGCGAGACAAGAAUGAAAAUGAAGAGCCUGCCAAGGACUCAGCUUAUGCUGAAGUUCACCUCCCACCUGAACCAGUAGGCCGCUGCUCUAAUAGUUUACAGGAUAAGAUUAGCAAUCUACUUGAAAAGAAAUAUAGAACAAAUAAAGACUGGAAUGCUGCUGUGCAAAAGAGGAAAGAUUUUAGAAAUCCAAGCAUCUAUGAGAAACUCAUAUCAUAUUGCAAUAUCCAAGAAAAUGGGACAAAUUAUCCCAAGGAGCUGUUUAACCCUGAAGCAUGGUUGAAAGAACCAACAUAUGAAGUCUUGGCUAAACAACAGAAAGAAGCAUAUGAAAAGCGUGAAAAAGCAAAAAGAACUCAUAUUGAGUUUAUGAGCGGCACAAAGAAAACAGGACCUGCAUCUGAUGAUGCCAAGAAACGCAAAAGCAAGUGGGACGUUAGUUCAACAGGCGUGACAAAAACGGUCACUCCUCCCGUCCCCCCUGGGGUAGGAAUUGUACCAGGACUCGCCAAGGUCAUAAGUGAAGCAGCGGCAACAGCAGCCAAAAAGGCGAAAGUGGACAAUUAAAGAUGAACGCUAUUGGAUAUCUUGUUGCUAGGGCGCACUGGUGAACUGGUCUAGUUACAUGCGCACUCGAUGACAUGCAUGCCUUCGAUAACAUGCGGCACAUACAUACCUGGAGGAAGUAUUUCUUUCGAACCGAGUAAUAUCCUAAAGAUAACUAGACGAGAGAGAGGGACCCAGUGCUCCUUUCUUGUUGCUUCACUCAUCCUCGCAUUAAACGCGCAUACGAAACGAACUUGUAAAUAAAAAUGUACAAAAGAG